GUGACUGAUGGAAAGACCGCAAGUCAAUAAAUAAUUUUUUAUGUUUUCGCCACAAGCAAAAUCUCAAGUUGUUUUGUUGUAGACCAUAGAAAACACUUAAUCAAACUUCAAAAUGGACCAAAUGCUUCCAAGCCCAUAUAACAUUCCUGGUAUUGGAACCCCGUUACAUCAACCUGAAGAAGACCAACAAAUUUUACCAAAUGCACUCCAACAGCAGCAACAGCAGCACCAACAACAACAAUCUCAUUCUCUAUCUACCAUGGCGUCGCCUCUCGUAGGCUUUAGUCUUGGGACUCCUCAAAGAACUAUGCAUACCUACGCUCCGACCGCCAGCUAUGCUACUCCACAACAAAUGAUGCAACCUCAGACUCCACAAAACAUGAUGUCUCCCAUGAUAACAAGCAGUAGCUUAGUAGGUCAGCAGAUGCUUAGCCAAGCAAGCCCAGCACCGAUGACCCCCAUGACACCACAUUCCGCUGACCCAGGAAUUUUACCACAAUUACAAAAUAUUGUAUCUACUGUUAAUUUAAACUGUAAAUUAGACUUGAAGAAAAUUGCCUUACAUGCAAGGAAUGCUGAAUAUAACCCAAAACGUUUCGCUGCUGUCAUUAUGAGAAUAAGAGAACCGAGGACAACGGCUCUAAUAUUUUCUUCAGGCAAAAUGGUAUGCACUGGUGCAAAAAGUGAAGAAGACUCACGGUUGGCUGCCAGAAAGUAUGCUCGGAUUAUUCAAAAACUUGGAUUUUAUGCCAAAUUCUUAGAUUUCAAAGUACAAAAUAUGGUUGGUAGUUGUGAUGUCAAAUUUCCAAUACGUUUAGAAGGUUUAGUUUUAACUCAUGGGCAGUUCAGCUCUUAUGAGCCAGAAUUAUUUCCUGGACUCAUUUACAGAAUGGUGAAACCGAGAAUAGUAUUACUAAUAUUUGUGUCUGGAAAAGUUGUGUUAACUGGUGCUAAAGUGAGACAAGAGAUUUAUGAAGCUUUUGACAAUAUCUACCCUAUUCUUAAAAGUUUUAAGAAACAAUAGUGUUUAAUUUAUAAAGACUCAAGUUUAAGUGUUCUAAUAGUUUUAAGUUAAUUUUGUAAGCAGCCAAUAAAAAUGUUACAGAAAUCUAUAUUUUUUUAUUAAUUAUUUAUUUGUAUUGGAUAUUUUUAAUGUGAUAAACAACACAAGUACCAUAUCCUCUUAGGUUUUGAAAUGUGUCACAAUUUUUAUUUAAC